ACAAACGAACGAAACAAAAAACUUUCCUAAUCCAAAAAUCUUCUUUCAAUGAUCUUUGGAUUAACCUCGGGUCGUCGGAUCCUAACCUACCCGGCGGUUCAUCCCUGCGAAGCCAUAGCUCCGGAGACGCUUCUGAUCUCACUCAUCGCUCUCACCCACAACAUUUGCUCUUACAAAUCCAAAUUCAUCGCCAGCAACAAGCGAAACGCUUUGGAAGCAAUCCGCCAAAUCGGAGUGAUUCGGGUUUUUUUGGAAGAAGAGAUCCAGGCCGCGUUGCCGGGUCUUCCGGAUUCGACCGUCUUGAGCUUCUCGGAGCUCCAUUUGGCUUUCCAGAAGCUUCAGUACUUGCUGGAAGACUGUACCCGGGACGACGCCCGGCUAUGGAUGCUGAUGAAUUCGGAGCGGGUUGCGAACCAGUUCCGGGUCUUGAUUCGGGCCAUGGCGACGGCUCUCGAUGUUCUGCCUCUUGAUGGCAUCCACGUGGCAGUUGAGGUGAAGGAGCAGGUCGAAUUGGUGAUGAGGCAAGCGCGGCGGGUGAGGUUCGAAGUUGACCCGGAAGAUAAACGGGUCGUCGAGGCGGUUAAGAAAGUUUUGAUCGGGUUCGAGAAACGGGUCGACCCGGAUAGGAGUGAGCUGAAGCGGGUACUUGAUCAUGUUGGGAUUCGAAGAUGGAGUAGGUGCGAGAAGGAGGUGAGAUUUUUGGAAUCUGAAAUUGGGUUUGAGAAUCUGAGAGAGGUGGGGUUGCUGAGCGGCCUGAAGGGGUUGUUGUGCUACUGCCGGUGCGUCAUGUUGGGGACUGUGGACGGGUUACCCGGCCCGCGACCCGAGCCCAGUAGCCGCAGCGAGCUGGUGAGUUGCCUGAAUUUGGAAGAUUUCCGGUGUCCGAUAUCGCUGGAGAUAAUGACGGAUCCGGUGACGAUCGGGACGGGUCACAGCUACGACCGGAGCUCCAUUAUGAAGUGGUUCAGAGCUGGAAAGCCGAUUUGUCCGAAAACAGGGGAGAAAAUGAAGAGCAUGGAGGUGGUGCCUAAUUUGGCACUGAAGAGGUUGAUUCAGCAGUACUGCAAUGAGAAUGGGAUUCCGUUUGGCGAUUCGGGUCGUCGGAAUCGCGACAUUGGGAGGAGUACAGUUGCAGGCAGCUUGGCGGCUGAGGGAGCAAUGAAAAUGGUGGCGGAGUUUCUCUGUGGAGGUGUUGGGACUGGAUCGAAUAAGGCUGCUUAUGAGAUUCGGCUUCUUUCGAAAACAAGCAUUUUUAACAGGUCUUGUUUGGUGGAAGCUGGAGUGGUGCCGCAUUUGUUGAAGCUGUUGGCUUCUGCAGAUUCGGAGACUCAAGAGAAUGCAGUUGCAGGGUUGUUGAAUCUGUCCAAGCAUUCGAAAGGGAAAGCUGUGAUUGUUGAAAAUGGCGGUGUGCAUUUGGUUGUGGAUGUUCUGAAGGAGGGUCUCAAAGUUGAGGCUUGCCAGCAUGCUGCUGGUACAUUGUUUUAUCUUGCUUCGAUUGACGAGUACCGGAUAUUGAUCGGAGAAAACCCGAGGGCCAUACCGGCUUUGAGGGAGCUGAUCAAGAACGGUUCUGAUCGAGGCAAGAAGAAUGCAUUGGUUGCUAUAUUCGGCCUGCUUACACACCCUGCAAAUCAUAGAAGGGUGUUAGCAGCUGGGGUGGUUCCUUUGCUGUUUGAGAUACUGACGUCUUUUGACAGUGAAGUUCUUGUGACAGAUUCUCUAGCGAUUCUCGCAACUCUGGCUGAGAAACCCGAGGGAGCAGUUGCAAUUUCGCGUUGCAAGGCUUUGGAUUCGAUUGUGGGGAUUCUGAAUUCUUCGACUUCAAGGGUGGCCAAGGAGUUCUGUGUGUCUUUGUUGCUGGCUCUUUGUGCAAAUGGUGGCCACAAUGUGGUUGCUCUUUUGGUUAAGAGCCCUUCUCUUAUGGGAUGUUUGUAUUCCCAACUUAGUGAAGGCACAUCUAGAGCAAGCAAAAGGGCCAGUGCUCUCAUCAAGGUCCUCCAUGAAUUCCAUGAAACAAGAUCGUCUGGUCCAGUCACUCGGGUUCUUCCACAGGAGCGAUUUGUUCACGUUAGGUAGCCCAACAUUUUUAUGGGUGUACUUGACACAAUUGAUUCUUUGCCGGCCUGUAAAUUCAGGGUCUUUUGUGUAGAUAAGUGUGUUUGUAUAUCUAGUUUAAUUCAUUAUUAGCUCGGUUUUUUUAAGAGCUAAUAACUGUAUGAUCAGCUUCUGCUUUUUUGAAAGAAGCUUUGUACAGAAGGAUUAUGUUACAUUGUAAUUAUUCAUUUUCUAUGAAUGAACAAUAAUUGGCGCGA